AUGGCUUCCCUUUUAAUCCUCAUCUAUCCCUCGCUCCUCGCAUUGCUUAUAUAUUCAUCGAUGACUGAAUUCAGGGUACGUCCAUUCGACAAUAUUUCUCUGCCCUGCCAGUUCUCCUUUGUGGAUGGCACGGAUGGCUUGUCAUUUACUUGGGAGAGGGAAGAUAUUAAGGAAGAACAUGAAGUAGAAGAUAAAGAAUUUUACAAAUUUUUUGUGGGACUUCAGGAUUUUUACCAAUUUUAUCCAAAGCUGAUCUACAGCUUUAGCAACAACGAAGAACAACUGGAGGAGCGAAAUUCACUCUAUGAGGGGAGAGUCUGGGUAGACGAGGAGGAGAUUGCCGAGGGCAGGCUGGCACUCAUGUUGGAGCAAGUACAGUUUUCUGAUGAGGCCAUAUACAUAUGUAAGGCAAAUAAUGCAAGGGGCAGAGGAAAAAGAAAAAUGAAACUCAUUGUGGACGAUGCUGAAGAGCCACAGGUGCAGUUCAGCACAGUCAAUGAUACACUUGUAGCCAAGUGCAUCUCCGCAGGCUGGUACCACAUGCCAAAGGUCACCUGGCGUAAUCGCAAGGAAGAGGAUCUGUCUAGCUACGCCACAACAGAGAUCCUGGAAGAGAAGCAGGAUGGGUCCCACAGGGUGGUGUCUAUCUUGAAAUACCCUGUAUUGCUCCAUGAGAUCUAUACUUGUCAUAUCGAAGAAGAUGAUGUGCUCAACAGGCCUGUUAGAUCUAUCCACAAAGUCCCAAAGAGAAAAUACCAUAAUAUGUACAAUAAUUAUUAG